CUCUGCUAGGCAAAGGCAUAUCAAAAGUGAGAAAUAUUUACAAAUGUGUAGCUAUUUUUUCUGGAGACCUAAUGAAAUGCAAUAGCCAAUUAGUGUGUGUGUGAAAUGUUUACAAAUGUGAAGCUUUUGUUUUGUCUGGAGGCCAACUAAGCUAGCUAAAAUUAAGCUAGCUAAAAGUUCAAAAGAAGCGUGACUCGAUCGUGACGGCCGUUAGCUAGCUCGUCACUGUCCCGAAGCUAAUAGCCUACAACGAACGUUACUUAGCCAAUAAUGCAAAAACCUCAACAGGAUAAUUGCUAUCAAUAAUGUUGCAUGAAUAACCAAGUAAAAAAAUAUAUAAAAAAGCACUGUACUUGCCUGCCAGCUGCAAAAUGUGUGCUGUUUCAACCGUCCACCCAUUAGUAGGCCUCUUGCCACCGAUGCAGCGGCACUCGAUAAGAUACUCCUUUUUAGAGUUUUCAGGAUCGAAGUCUACGAUCCAAUUUACGGGGACUAUACUGAGAGCAUCUUUAUCCUUCCCCUUUGACCAGCUCACUAGCGCAAACUUCAUCUUUUUUUUUCUUUUCUCCUCUCACCGCUGAGGCACGUGCGCACAGACUCAGAGUAGCUGUUGCUUGUGUCCCGUGCUGCCGGCACGAUCGGUUCUGCGCAUGCGCAAUAUGUGCGCGCGCGCGGUACAAAGGUGCGCAAGCGUUUGAUCGUGCAGUCAUAAACAGGUUUAUCAUCUGCGCAUGACGGAUCGUGCAAGCAAAGUGGUACCGACGGGUUCCGUUCCAGAAGAAGAGAGGCAUGGACGGAAGGAGAAGAAAAUACACUGCCCCUGGUUCAGAAUAUAUGAUUCCAUCAAGAACAAGGAGAUACUGGAAAAGGAGGAAACUGAUUGAGGCCAUCAACAUGCAUCAGUCAAACCAGGAAGUGAACCAGGAUUCCUCUGACCACGACUCUGACAGUGGCUCAGAAGACGCACAUGAUGGUGGUGGGAUUACUCAGAACCUGGAUCAGGAUUCCUCUGACAACAGAUCUGAAAAUGCAUGUGAUGUUGAUGACAAUAAAAGCCUGCACGCAGACCCUGAAUCCAAUGAACUACCACCAAAUUUGAGCCAAAAAACAGAGUCAUCAAUCUUCAGUUUUGAGGACAGUGUUGAUUUUGGUGUGUUUGAACCACUAUGGCAGUCUUUUACUGACUCUGAAUCCAUUGGCAGUGGAGAAGAAUUUCCCAUGGAAGACAACACUGACAAGUCAGUAAAUGAAGAAUUACAUUUGAGUGUAGGCAUUAAUGAAAUAUUUCCUCCAGUAAAUGAUGAGCCACUUUACACAGGCUCACAACUAACCAAAGCUCAGAGUUUUUUACUUAUCCUUUCAUAUGCUUUGAGACACUCACUUACUGGUGUGGCCCUGUCUGAUCUUUUAGAUUUGAUUAAUAUCCACUGUCCAGAAAAUGUUUUAACUUCAAAGCAUCUGUUCUUAAAAGAGCUUAAACCAAUACAAGGUCACCUAGAAUGUCACAUAUACUGUCCCAACUGUGAAUAUUACAUCGGCGACCAAGUCACUGAAGGGCAGUGUUCUGUAUGUAACUCUACGUGGGAUAGAAACAGCUCACUGAAGAAUGGAAAUUUCUUCCUAUACUUACCCAUCCAAACACAACUGGAACAUCUUCUUCAAAGAGAAGAUAUUGCAUCUUGUCUUAAGUCUGGAAAUGGCACAUGUAAUUCAGACGAUUAUGAUGACAUAUGUUGUGGUAAAAUGUAUCAUAAUCUGAACAAAGGUGGCGGCCCACUAGAUAGUCCUCAUGCAUUCUCCUUAACAUUAAAUUGUGAUGGAGUUCCAGUAUUCAAAUCAUCCCAGUAUGGAAUUUGGCCAUUACAAGGGAUGGUAAACGAGCUUCCUUUUCAUGUCCGUAAAGAGAAUGUUUUACUUUUUGGCCUAUGGUUUGGUACUAAAAAGCCAAAUGUUAAUAUAUUUUUAAAACCAUUCACAAAAGAGUGUCAGUCUUUGUCAACUGUUGGCUUCAAGUUACACAGCAACAACAUUGUGAAUCAUUGUAGAGUGAUAGCAGCUGUUAUGAUGUGUGAUUCAGUUGCCAGGCCCAUUCUGCAAAACAUGACUCAAUUUAAUGGUCAUUAUGGGUGCAGCCUCUGCCUACAUCCUGGUGAACAAGUUCCAAAGGGAAAUGGAACUGUUAGGGUUUAUCCAUACAAAGAAGUUCCAAAAAGGGAUCAUGCUUCAACCCUAAAUGAUGCAAGGGAGGCUGUGCGUACCACACAAUCUGUGAGGGGCAUUAAAGGGCCCACAUGUCUUGUCAACAUCCCACACUUUGACCUCAUAUCUGGAAUGCCUCCUGACCAUAUGCAUAAUGUACAUCUUGGAGUUGUUCGGCAAAUGACAAGUAUGUGGCUGGAUAGUGAACACCAUGAGGAGCCAUACUAUAUUGGUAAUCGUGUUCCUGAGCUUGACAAACAACUCUUGAGAAUUAAACCACCUUGCAAUAUCACAAGAGUGCCCCGCUCUUUUCAGCAAAGAAAGUUUUGGAAAGCCAGUGAAUGGCAGAACUGGUUACUUUUUUAUAGCAUCUUUGUGCUAAAGGGAAUACUACCCCAUGCAUUUUACCAGCACUGGUUAAUCCUUGUCACCUUCAUGUUCUUGCUAUGUAAGGACACUGUCACAUCAGAGGGGUUAAAAAGAUGUGAAAAACUAGUUGUUGAGUUUGUCAAACAGUUUGAAACACUGUAUGGAAAGGAAAAUGUGUCAUUUAACGUACAUUUAUGUCUUCAUUUGCCGGACUCUGUGAGAAAUUGGGGACCUUUGUGGGCACAUUCAGGAUAUAUUUUUGAGUCUUUUAAUGGGGAGAUACUAAAGAUGUUUCAUGGCACCCAGUGUGUUCCCUUACAAAUAAUGAAACAAUUCACAUAUAGACAAGUGUUGCCUCUUUUGAAAAACAAUGCACUGAGAAAUGCUGUGCCUAGAUGUAUACAGCUGUAUAACAACUUGACUGGUGAAAAAAAGCUGAAACAGUUUGAAAGAGUAGCAGAUCAAGUUGUGACCCUUGGUUUACACUAUGUUCGAAAACUUACUAACGAAGAGAUACUGGCUAUGAGAGAGAAACUUUCAGUCACCACGGAUACAACUGUGAAAAUAUUCAGUAGAACUUUCGUCAGAGGAGAACUGUAUUACUCAGAGCAGUUCACUAGAGUAAUGAAAAGGAACAGCUUCACUGUUUUGUUGGAUAAUGGACACAUAAUCACUGUGUAUUAUUACAUUGUGGUAGAGAGACUUGAUGACAGGAAAUGUUUUGCUGUUGGAAGACAGUAUGACAAAUCACACAGUUCAGUGCUAAAUUUAGAAAAUGUAGUUGGCUUGAAAAGAGUGUUACAGGGCAGGAAAAAGGUUUUUGAUGUGAUGCUAUUCAACAGGAAAUGUAUGUUAGUUGAUCUGCCACAUUAUGCCAACCUUUAUGCAUGUAUACCUCCACGUUGCAGUGUGGAGGACUGAAAUGUCAUGUUGUUGAUGAAAUGUCAUGUGGAGGAAUAAAAUGUUGAGGAUGAAAUGUCAUGUGGGGGAAUAAAAAGUGGACUCAAAAGAAAUGUAAUUGCUGCUGUUAAUGAUAAUUUAAUUUAUAAUACUCUCAUCUCCAUUUUACAAUAUAUGCAUCAAUACAUAGCCAUAUAUGGUCCAUCCAUAUGGCUAUAUAAUGUAAAAUAUAAUGAAUGUCAUGCAAAAUUUGAUUUGGACUAUUGUUAAUCAACCUCUCUGUAAACCUAUGCAU